CCCUUUUCAAUGAUCUUGACGACACCGUAGACGGAUGAUCAAGUUUCGGGCGAUUGAGUGUCUGACGUCUGUACAAUACGGAAUACACAACACAGCCCCCGUUCUGGCAGUGGCACAGCACGUAAACAUCGCCUACACCCGGAGCAACGCCCGCCGCGGGAUUAGAAUUUAGAUGCACUCCCUAUUGUUUCUCCACACACGGCCGCCAGAAGAGACUCCCGGGCUGGGCCAGAGAAUUGCAGUUCAAAUCGAUAAUAGUUUCAGACUUUUCUUGUCAUGGAAAAAGUGAAUGUUUCACCAAUCCUAAAACAUGGACAAACCGAGAGCAGUGACGAAACUGCAAAAAAUGUUGAAGAGAUUACAACAUCGCUUCAGCGAGACAUUGAUCAAAUAUGCGAGGAUGAAAUUGGGAACAUUGUUGAGGUAUACAUUGAAGAAUUGCCCAAUUGCGAUGAUGCCGGGGACUGCCACUCAGCCGGUCCUUCACUAGCAGAGGAUGCUCAAAGUAGAAAUAUUGAGAAUCUUCCUGAUGAAAAUGACAAAGCUGAUGUUGAUGCUUCUCCUAGAGAUGGCGACUGUCGUACAGAUGUGAACAAUGGACAAUUGGAUGGAGCUAAAGAGCACACCACAGAAGAGAUAAUUUUGGAAAAAGGUGACGAAACUGCAAAAACUGUUGAAGAGAUUGCAACAUCGCUGCAGCGAGACAUUGAUCAAAUAUGCCGGGAUAAAAUUGAGAACAUUGUUGAGGUAUACAUUGAAGAAUUGCCCACGUGUGAUGAUGCUGCUGGGGACUGCAAUGCAGCUGCUUCUUUGCUAGCUGAGGAUGCUCAAAGUAGAAAUAAUGAGAAUGACAAGGCUCAUAAUGAUGCUUCGAGUCCUAGAGAUGAUGACUCUGGUACAGAUGUGAACAAUGGCCGGUUGGAUGUCGCUCCAGCACACACCAACGAAGUGAUCAUUUUGGUGAAAGAUGCUCUUCAAGAUGAUAACCAACAGCCCUUUCAACAAGGAGAUGAUACAAGUCAAUCAUCUGUGGUUGGAAUUGACAGCAAACCACCAGAGGACAUUGAUGUAAAGUCUCAAACCGUAGCACCCAGCAAGUCUUCUAAAGGUUUUAGAACUAGAAGGCCGUUGUAUAAAUGCACCGCUUGUAAUCGGACCUGCGGUAACAAAGCACAUUUUGAGGAACAUCUCAGAAUACACACUGGGGAGAAACCUUUCCGGUGUUCGGAAUGUAACAAGUCCUUUAUUACCAAGUCCCACCUUACCAGACAUAUGAAGCAGUUGCAUAAGCCACAUAAAACUGCUUUUGAUCGUUUUAUUUGCUCAUAUUGCAAGUUGUCAUUGCCUUCAAAGGCUCAUCUUGAUUCGCAUCUGAGAAAGCAUACCGAAAGGAAAUUAAUAGAAUGUAGUGUGUGUAGGAAAACAUUUACAAAGAAAAUUCAUUUAGUUGAACAUCUGAGGAUACAUACUGGAGAAAAACCAUUCAAAUGUGUUAAAUGUAAUAGAUCAUUCAUUACCAAAUCCCAUCUAAGAAGGCAUGUCCAAUUACACUUUGGAGGUAAACCCAAGAAACAGUUGAAAUGUUCGUAUUGUAGUGCUUCAUUUUACAGAAGUUUUCAUCUUGUUGAACAUGAACGAUCCCAUACAGGGGAGAGGCCUUUCCCAUGUUCUGAAUGUAAAUGGUCUUUCAUGACAAAAUCACACCUGUUGAGGCACCUAAGAACACAACACUCCGGGAGUAAGCUUACGGAGAACAAUGAUCAAGUUGUUAACAUCAGAUUGACGAGAGUGCUUAAAAGAGGAACAAAAUUCAAAUGCCAAAACUGUGAGAAGUCCUUCCCAAGUCGGUCCCUUCUUGCAAAACAUUCAAGAGUGCACAACAUAGUAGAAACAGAAUUGAUGGAAACACCGGAUCAUGAAAGGUCUUUUCAGUGCGUGCAGUGUAACAUAAUGUUCCCUGAAGAAAGUCUUAGAGACGAACAUGUGAAGAGUCAUUCUACUGACAUGGCAGAUGUUCCAGAGCAAGAGACAAUCAACCAUGUAUGUUCUCACUGUGGCUGUAUUUUCUCUGAUCAGAGACAACUGGAUGAUCAUGUGAAAUGCCACACUGGUAAUGAGGUGGAGGGAACCCCUCAGUGUCCUGCAGGUGAUGAAAUGUCCACUAAGAAUUCAGAUCCUGGAACACAUGAAGUAGAUGAAAGUCCCGAAUGCUCCUUCAGUGAUGACGAGUGUUCCGCCGAAAAGCUACAACCCAAGGAACAUGGAAAGACUGAAGUUCAAGAAAAGGGGGCUGAAAAUAUUGUUGAUGGGGAGUCAGAUCUGAUGGCACAUGUGAAGGUUCAAGAAGGUAGAAGCCACCUGAAGUGCACCUAUUGUGACCAUUUUUUUGGUAAUAAGCACCACCUUACUGAGCACAUCCGUACGCAUACUGGUGAGAGACCCUUCCCUUGUCCUCACUGUGAUUGGUCAUUCAUGACAAAGUCACAUCUGACACGCCACUUGAGAACACACACUGGAGAGAAACGUCACGAGUGCAGUUUUUGUUCCAAGAAGUUCCUUGAAAGUACACAACUGAAAGAGCACAUCCGACAACAUACCGGGGAACGGCCUUACGAGUGCUCUGAAUGCAAGAAGCGCUUCAUCUCCUCAGGUAGUCUAAGAUGUCACAUGAGACGACAUGGUGUAGAAAAGCCUCAUAGGUGUAUUCAUUGCUCUAAAGUUUUUUGUUGGGAAAGUCAUCUUGAGGAGCAUUUAAGAACACAUCAGGAAGGAGAACCUCAAGGUCAAUCUGAAUUACCCAAGGAAGAUGAGAGUAACAGCGAGAAUGAGGAAUCUAACUUACAUGUAUCAGUUCCUGAAGAUAUCAAUAUAAUUGAAAGAGUGGGAAAAGAUUUACAAAGCCCUGAGCCUUCCACUUCAUUAAUUCUUGAACUGGAUCCUACAAUUGAUAAAGAGACUGUCAGUGUCAACAAAAUUCAUCAGUGUCCAUACUGUGCCCGCGAGCUUGCCACCAAGCAUCUACUAAUUGAGCAUAUACGGAUUCAUACUGGGGAACGACCCUUCCCUUGUCCGGAAUGUGAUUGGUCAUUCAAGACAAAAUCGCACCUCAAUAGGCAUUUGAAGACGCAUGGACGCACCUACCAUUGUUCCCAAUGCUCAGAUAUUUUUUCUUCUAAGUAUCUUCUCAUGCAACAUAUGAGUACACAUAGAGAAGCACCUCAUUAUUGUACGGUUUGUAACAAAUGGUUUAGUUCUGAAUCUGGUCUUCUCACCCAUUGUAAAGAACAUGAUGGGGAUAGCUCGGAUGUUAAAAAUGAAGAUUCUACUCCUUGUGGCAAUGCAGACUUAGAUUCCCAAGCCUCUGAAACCAUUGAGGUUGAGAACGCAAAAAUGGAGGAAGUAACACCUAGUGAAUCACAGAGUGAGGAAGAGACCUAUGAGUGUUCUUAUUGUAUGAAAUUGUUUUCGGACAUCAGUCAGUUUGUGGAACAUAUUGGAAUUUGUUACAAGCUGUCAACAACCAAGUCUCCUACAACUAUACAAUCAAGUAAAGUCAGUGCAGAAGUUGCUGAUGCAGGGUAUCUGAAGUGCUCCUUUUGUGGCUGUACAUUUUCUGAAAAGUGCCAUUUAGAUGAACAUGUAAGGAUUCAUUCUGGAGAGGAUUCAGCAGAGGAGAGUUACCAGUGUCAAAACUGCAGUGAGACAUUUUCUACGCAAUCGGAUCUCACGAGUCACAUGAUAAAGCAUGACGGAGAUCACGCUUUUGUGUGUAUCUAUUGUAGCCGUUCAUUUCCUGAACAGGCUCUUCUUGAGGAACAUUUAAAAGUUCAUGAAGCGGAAGGUUCCCCAGAGUCGUAUCAAUGUUCAGAAUGUGAUCAGUUUUUCAUGAGACAAUCAGACCUUACAAAACACAUGAAAAAGGCUCAUAAGAUUUUCCCAGGCUAUGAUUGCUCAUAUUGUGGCAAUACAUUCGCUAAUAAGAAUCAUCUCACAGAGCAUGAAAGAUCUCAUACUGGUGAGCGGCCUUUUCCUUGUACAGAAUGUGAAUGGUCGUUCAUGACAAAGUCCCACCUCCGGAGGCAUAUGAGAACUCAUAAUCGGGAAAAUCCUCUCAAGUGCAGCUAUUGUUCGGUGACAUUCUCUUCAGCAAAGCAUUUAGAGAAUCAUUCAAGGAAUGCACAUCGCUGUUCAUUCCGUAAGGAGUGUUUUUCUUCUAAGGUUAGUCUCAUUGCGCAUUCAAAGACUCACACAGAAGAUAUUUCUGAUGCCGGAAUUAGCGCUGUAAAUGUUAAAGACAGUAAUGCUGAUGACCAUGAAGGAAACAUAGACACUUAUUCGGACUCUAGCGAGGUACAUGACAUGCAGACAGACCUUACAUCAGAAAGUCCAACACUUGAUGGAGUAACUAUAGAUGAAUGCUCGCAUUCGCCAAAAGUCCCAAGAAGUCAAAAUAGCAACAAGACAUUCUCUACGCAGUCAGAUCUUGCAACUCACAAGAUAACUCAUGAUGAAACGCAUGCUUUUUCGUGUAUCUAUUGUAGUCAUUCCUUUCCUGAACAGGCUCUUCUUGAGGAACAUUUAAAAGUUCAUGAAGAUUCCCCAGAGUCAUAUCAAUGUUCAGAAUGUGAUCAGGUCUUCAUGAGACAAUCAGUUCUCACAAAACAUAUGAAAAAGGCUCAUAAUAUUUUGCCAGGCUAUAAGUGCUCAUACUGUGGCAAUACAUUUGCUAAUAAGAAUCAUUUCACAGAGCAUGAAAGGUCUCACACAGGUGAGCGGCCUUUUCCUUGUACGAAAUGUGAUUGGUCAUUCAUGAGGAAGUCCCACCUUCGGAACCAUAUGCGAACACAUGUUCAGGACACGCAGACGGAACUUACACCAGAGAAUCAAACCCUUGAUGGAGUAACUGUAGCUAACGAAUCUUCGCAUUCGCAAGACUGCAAUAAGACAACAUUUUCUGCGCAGUCGGAUGUUACAACUCGCAUGAUAACUCCUGACAAAGAUCAAGAUUUUGCAUGUAUCCAUUGUAGCCAUUCAUUUCCCGAACAGGCUCUUCUUAAGGAACAUUUAAAAGUUCAUGACUCAGUAGGUUCUUUGAAGUCGUAUCAAUGUUCAGAGUGUGAUCAGGUUUUCAUGAGACAAUCAGUUCUCACAAAGCACAUGAAAAAAGCUCAUAAUAUUUUGCCAGGCUAUAAGUGCUCAUAUUGUGGCAGUACAUUCGCUAAUAAGAAUCAUCUCACAGAGCAUGAGAGAUCUCAUACAGGUGAGCGGCCUUUUCCUUGUACCGAAUGUGAUUGGUCGUUCAUGACGAAGUCCCACCUCCGGAACCACAUGCGAACACAUGCUCAGGAAAAUCCACUUAAGUGCACCUAUUGUUCGGCAACAUUCUCCAAGAAGGGCCUCCUGGAAGAGCACAUAAGAAUACAUACUGGGGAAGAAAUUGUGGAGGAGAAUUUCCUCUGCUCUGAGUGUAGUGAGAUUUUCACUACACACGCAGACCUGACGGAACAUAUGAGAAGUCAUGCUGCCGAAGCCUCUUUCGUGUGUACAAUCUGUGGCAGUUUGUUUUCUGAACAGAGCGGGCUAGAUGAACAUGCUUUGAUCCAUACAGAGGCAAAGACAGAGAAGAAAUUCAGGUGUUCAGAAUGUGGAGUGAUGUUUGCCAUAGAGUCGGAUCUUGCAAUACACAUGAAAAGAGUUCACAAGAUACGGCCGCACUUAGUAUGCUCUUUCUGUGGCAAUAAGUUUGCCAAUAAGUAUCAUCUUACAGAACACGUAAGAUCUCAUACCGGUGAGCGUCCUUUUCCAUGUGCUGAAUGCAAUUGGUCCUUCAUGACAAAGUCUCACCUCCGGAGGCAUAUGAAAACGCAUACAGGUGAAAAACCUCAUGAAUGUACUCAUUGUCCUCAGAAAUUCGCUGUCAAGACGCGGUUGAUUGAGCACAUUCGAGUCCAUACAGGGGAGAGACCGUUUCAGUGCACAGAAUGUUUUAAGCAUUUCACCUCAAAGUGUAACUACAAGAGUCAUAUGAAGACUCAUACCGGGUACAAGCCAUACCAGUGUUCGUUUUGUCCCAAAGCGUACUGCAAGAGAAAUCGUCUGAACGAACACCUGAAGAAACACACGGAAAAGAAGCCAUUUAACUGUUCAAUAUGUGGCAUGGAAUUUGUGCGAAAGGCUCAUAAAACAAGGCACAUGAUGUUACAUAGUGAUAAAGAAGCUCAGUAGGUCUGCCCUCUAGUGUCAACAAAAUGCAAUGUUGCAUCAUUGAUGUUUUCGUAAUUUACAUUUCACAACAUAUCAUAUUUUCUUGGUAGAAAAUUAUUGACAUCACUAUUCUUAAUUAAGCAUUACAUUUGAAGAGUAUUGGGAUGAUGAUUAUGGGGUGUUUCACACAAAAAUCACAUGUGUGUUUAAUGUUAGGGCAGAUGAAAAUUACAUUCCGUCUGUGCUCUAGCAUGAGGCAGGUAAAGUAACUGAUGUAAAGCGUCAUUGAGACUUGCCUGCAAAUCAGUACAUUGAACUUCCAGUCAGUGAUGCCUAGAGUCAGGCUGGCAGGAUGAACCAGCACCCCGAGGUUUGGGGUUCAUGUGAGAUUACACGUUGAAUAUCAUGGCACGUAAAUAUUCCUAUUACCACCUCCACUUAGUUUGUUAAAUAUGUAAUGUUUUAAAGGGAUGGUCGAGGCUGAAAAUAGUUACAUCUAAAUAAAUAGAGUAAAAUUCACAGAGCAAAAUGCUGAAAAUUUCAUCAAAAUCGGAUAAAGAAAUUAUUGAAUUUUAAAGUUUAUCAAUAUUUUGUGAAAACAGUUAUAUGCACAUCAUCAUGGAUAUUCAUUAGGUGGGCUGAUGUUGUCACAUACUCACAUCCCCACUUUCCUUUUUCUUAUGUUAUUUACAUGAAAUCAUAAUUGAUACAUUGUUUUAUACAUGCGUAAAUGAUGUGUCUCCAUUAUGCUAGAAUAAGGUGCGGCAAUAAAUAACUAAUGCACUUAA